AUGGCUACAGCAGUUGCAUCAUUAUUUGGAUACAAGCCUUCUAAGCCGGGUAUUCCCAAAAUCCAAGAUGAGCCACCCAAAGCGCUUCCAGCCUCUUGGUAUUGCUCACCAGAGCUAUAUGAGCUAGAACGAAGGGCCAUCUUUUCAAAGAAAUGGAUCCUGGUCACCCACAAGUUACGUUUCACCAAGCCUGGCGAUUUUCUCAAAUUUGAAGAAGCCGGAUUCUCUUUUGUAUUAUGUCUCGAUCGAGAGGGCAAUCUGAAUGGAUUCCACAAUAUCUGCCGUCAUCGAGCCUUCCCUUUGCUAUCAGAAAAUGAAGGCAAUGUGAAGAUACUCUCCUGCAAAUACCACGGAUGGUCAUAUGGCUUGAACGGAAAGCUCGCCAAAGCACCAAAAUUCGACGAUGUCCCGGGAUUUCAAAAGGAGAAUCAGAGUCUAUUUCCAGUUCAUGUGCAUGUUGACGAACUUGGCUUUAUUUGGGUCAACCUCAAUGCAUCUUCCAAUUCAAUUCCCUGGGAAGAGGAUUUCAAAGGUGUGGAUAAGCAGGAGCGAUUCCAGAAAUUCGACUUCAGUCAAUACAAGUUUGAUCAUACUUGGCAUAUGACCGGCAACUAUAAUUGGAAAACUCUGGCGGAUAAUUACAAUGAAUGCUAUCACUGCACUGUUGCGCACCCUGACGUAGCCAACCUUGCUGAUCUUUCAUAUUACUACACCAUCUCGACCCCAGGGCAUAUUCAACACUUCUCCCGACCCAAGGAAGAUAAGGUUGGUGAGGACAUUCAAAACGCCAGCACAUAUUAUUUUCCCAAUGCCUGCAUGACAGUGUCACCUCAUUUCUUUUACAUGAUGCGAUGUGUCCCAACAUCUGCUGGAACUUGCUCUAUGGAGUAUGAGGUUUAUCGACAUAAAGAGGCCUCAGAUGAAGAUUUUGAGUACAUUGAUUCAUUCUUCAAAAGAGUCCUGGACGAAGAUAAACAUCUCUGCAAUGCAGCUCAGAAAAAUUUGAAUGCUGGCAUAUUUGUGAAUGGCCAACUGCAUCCUCGUCUUGAGAGUGCUCCUAUUUUCUUCCAGAAUACUGUCAGAGCUCUUCUGAAAUCUCAUCGCGAAGAAGAGAAAAGUGAGAGGAGAGAGAUCUGGCCUGCAAGACAAGACUCAACAGGACAAGCUACUGCAGAAGAUAUCGCUUUUUGCUCGGGGUUAUCAUGCUCUAGCGGUAGCAAUGGUCAGUUGGAGUGGUAG